CAAGCCGACAUAGUUAGGGUGUUGGUCCGCUACACAGGAAGUAAAGUCAGGUUAGCUUGUCGAGCUGGUUGUAAAGCGUUAAUUUGCCAGUUGUUUUGUUCUGUUAGUCGUUCAUUCUCUUACCACUAAAAUAAUAGUGUUUACUCAACAUGCUGAUCAAAGUUAAGACCCUGACUGGAAAGGAAAUAGAGAUCGACAUCGAGCCCACAGACAAGGUGGAGCGAAUCAAGGAAAGGGUUGAGGAGAAGGAAGGGAUCCCUCCACAGCAACAGAGGCUCAUCUACAGCGGGAAACAGAUGAACGAUGAGAAGACAGCUGCAGACUACAAGAUCCAGGGCGGCUCGGUGCUCCAUCUUGUGCUGGCGUUAAGAGGAGGAUCAGAACCCCACAGAAGCUGCACACGCCUCUCUCCCUCGUCAUGAGUUGCUGCUGACCUGAGACCUGCCGAGUGCCAACACCGCGGCGUUCAAAUCAGUGUUAGAGCUAAAUUAGGCUAAUGCUACCAAGAAACGGCAAUUUAAAGCAAAACUAAACCUUCACAAAAAAAAAAAAUAUAGAAAAAUGAACGCUCUAAUACAUAUGUAGAUUUUUUUUUUUUUGUGUGUGUUAACCUACAUUGUUUUCUUUGACUUUGAACAGUUAAAGCACCGCAGUUUGAAGAUUAUGUGAUCUUUGCUUGUGAAUAAAGGUGAAAGUUGA